UUGCGCUGUUGCGGUUGAACUUCCUCAACGCUCAGCUGACUCGAGAGGAGGAAUCAUCACACAGAGGGAGUCAAGGGAAAAACAGCCAUGGCGGCGGAGAUCCAUUCGAGGCCUCAGAGCUCCAGACCCGUCCUUCUAAACAAGAUCGAGGGCCACAGCGACAGCGUGAACACGGCCGUGCUGAUCCCGAAAGAGGAUGGCGUUAUUACGGUCAGCGAGGACAGGACAAUUCGAGUUUGGCUGAAGCGGGACAGUGGACAGUACUGGCCCAGCAUCUACCACACUGUGUCCUCUCCGUGCUCCUGUAUGUCAUAUCACCAUGAGAGCAGGCGGAUCUUCAUAGGACAGGACAAUGGAGCUGUUGUGGAGUUCCUCAUCUCAGAAGAUUUCAACAAAAUGAACCAUGUGAAAACAUACCCAGCCCAUCAGAACCGUGUGUCGGACCUCAUCUUCUCUCUGGAGAGUCAGUGGGUGAUCAGUACGGGUCAUGAUAAAAGCGUCAGCUGGAUGAGCAGUCAGAGCGGCUCUAUGCUGGGACGCCACAGCUUCGGCUCAUGGGCUUCCUGUUUACAAUAUGAUAAUGAUACCCAGCAUGCCUUUGUGGGAGAUUAUUCAGGGCAGAUCACUCUCCUGAAACUGGAUGAACAGUCGUGUUCUGUCAUCACCACACUAAAGGGACAUGAAGGUAGUGUUGCUGCGUUAUAUUGGGAUCCGGUUCAGAGGUGGCUGUUUUCUGGAGCGUCUGAUCACAGUGUGAUCAUGUGGGACAUUGGUGGCAGACAGGGACGCACAUUACUACUGCAGGGACACCAUGAGAAGGUCCAGGCAUUGAGGUAUCUGCCUCUGACCCAUCAGCUGGUGUCCUGCUCUGCUGAUGGAGGAAUAACAGUGUGGAACAUGGAAACAACACGAGAAGAGGCUCCGCAGUGGCUGGAGAGUGAUUCUUGUCAGAAAUGUGAACAGCCGUUUUUUUGGAAUAUAAAGCAGAUGUGGGACACUAAGACCCUGGGGCUCCGACAGCAUCACUGCAGGAAGUGUGGUAAGGCCAUCUGUGGGAAAUGUAGUUCUAAACGCUCCACGUACCCCAUCAUGGGCUUUGAGUUCCAGGUGCGCAUGUGUGACGACUGCUACGACACAAUCAAAGAGGAGGAUCGGACUCCUCUGGCUACGUUUCAUGAAGGGAAACACAACAUCGCUCACAUGGACAUGGACCCGAGCCGAGGACUGAUGGUCACAUGUGGGAGUGAUCGAGUUGUUAAGAUCUGGGACAUGACGCAGGUGGUGGGAAGCAGUGUAGCGGCGGGAUUCUCUCCCCGCUGAUUGGCUGUUUCUGAAGGCCCCGCCCACACUCCACCAACAGAUAUCUGUCGAGGAUCAUGGAAACACUCACCUACCUGUCUAACUCUCUCGUCCUUCAGCUGUGGAGUCUACGCAAAACAGACAGUUCAACAGGGUGUAUGUGAAUAUAUGUGUGUUAUUGGGAUGGUCCUUGAUUUAUGAAUCAGAGGCAUUCAUAUCUCUUAUGAGGUAUGAUGGCCUGGAUUUGAGUGAACAUGAACUCAAGGUACUUCUAAAAGCACAAUAUUUGCGCUCUUUCUGUGUGUGUGUGUGUGUGUGUGUGUGUGUGUGUGUGUGUGUGUGUGUCCCUCUAUCCAUAAGUACCAUUCAAAAAAACAGGAAGCAUUUCCUUCAUCCAACAUCCUGUUUAUUUAUCCAUCUGUCUUGUUUAUCUUUCUUCCACUUUUUGAAUUUGAAUGCCACUACCACUUGCAUAAAUUCUAAUACAAACUUGCUUUUCCCCCCUAAAAAUGUCACUGAAACCCAAUAAGGCUCAAACUCCGAGAUAGACGGGUUCAGGUCAGGUAGGUGAGGAUAAUUAAAUGUAGCAUAUUAAAUCCAUGGAACAUUUUAUGACUUAAACGCAUUAAGUUAGUACAUGAUGUUUGUAGUGUUCUGCUGUUAGACACUAUUUAUACCACUAAUCAUCGUUUCUCUGUGGUUUAGGGACAAAUUAAAGUUAUGGUUAACGCAAAAAUGAAAUUUUGUCAACAUUUAUUCACCCUUGUAUCUUUUCAAAACUGUUUCACUUUCUUCUGUGGAACAGAAAAUUAGAUAUUUAGCAGAAUGUUGAUGCUGCACUUUCCAUACAACAGAAAUGAAUGAGAACUGGGGCUCCAAAAAUCAUAAAACGAGCCCAUACGACGUGUGCACUAUAUUACAACUCUUCUGAAACUUUAUGAUAGCUUCCAAAACCAAAAAUGAACAAUAAAAGUAGUCUUUCCGAUCUAUGCGGUAUAUUAAGUGUGCUAUUUUCCAACAAAAUUAACUUGUUUUUCUUCAUAGUAGUAUUAAAAUCUUUUGCAUAGUCUACAUUGCCAUUUUGCAAUUGCGUACAAACGGAGCCCCCAAAGCCUAAACCUUUGCAUUCCACCAAGAAACUUAACGUUUGCUCGCAAAGAACUCAAAAGUUUUGUGAGCGAACGCAAAGUUUCUCAGUGAGAGAACACAAAAACAUUGACACAUAAUUUUUGCUCCCAUAUCACAUAUUUUUUUCCAUUGAAGGUAAAGAAAAAAAAAUGAUAUGGGAAGAAAAAUUAUUUGGCAAUGCUUUUGCUUUCUCUCGCAAAUGUUUUGCGUUCUCCCAAAAAACUUUGUGUACGCUCGCAAAAUGUUUGCGUUCCCCUGAGAAACUUUGCAUUCGCUCACAAAACCUUUGCGUUCCCUGACUAAAAUGUUUCCGUUCCCCCCAAAAACUUUGCAUUCACUCGCAAAGAACACAUUUUUGUGAGCGAACGCAAAGUUUGUCAGGGGAACACAAUAACGUAAUUUGCGAGAGAAUGCAAAAAUCAUUGACAUAUUUUUUCCUCCCAUUUCAUAUUUUUUUCUAUUACCAUGUCCUUUUAGGGGCUCCGUAGUAACGUGACGACCAGUAGUAUUUUUCGCUUAUGUCAAACCUACCGAAUAGAUAUGCAAAUAAGAUUCGAGAGACGCGGGAUUUUUAGCAUUUCAGUCUGUUCCUGACACAAAGCUACUUGGAAUGUAAAGUUUUUAUGUUCCGCUAAAGUAGGUUUUGGAACGACGUGAGUAAAUGAUGACAGAAUUGUCUUUUUUUUUUUUGGUGCACUAUUUCUUUAAUAUACGUAUUAGGGCCUAUUUUUCUUUCAACAUGGCUUCAGAUUCAAGCUAUGCCGCUGUACGGCUAUAAGCAGCUUCUAGAUGUUUUAAAUUUACAUACAGCUCAUAACUAACGUAACACUGGCCUUUGAGAAGAUUAACCUGUUUACAAACAUUAUAACUGACCAGCGCUGUUUCUGGCUUACUUUUGAUAUUUCUCUCUCUUCAUCUUAAUUUUUUUUUUUUUUCACUCGACUGUGACGUCUGGAAUUUCCCUCCGUUAUCUUUCGUUCACUGUCUUGACGAGUUCUCUGUUCCUUGCACUGAAUUGCACAGUCUGUGUGUGUUCAUGAUCUGAGGGUACAAACGGUGUUUGUGCGAAUGUUUGCAUUAAAUGGCUGAUUUGUGCCUGUGUAAAGCGCUUGCUUCACGGCGUUCGUUUUGAUUUGGCCUACGUCUCAUUCCGCGCCUUGUAAAUAAUAUGUCCAUUCAUUCCACUGAUUUUCCUAAUUUUCGCUUCAUAUAAAAUUCAAGCAGGAUGUGAAUGUAAGAGUUGUUGAUCUGCUUUCAUAACAGAAAGCAAAUCUUGUAUGUUGUGUGACAUCUUUUUGUGUCAUUUAAUUGGAAAGAUACUGGCGACGAUUGUAAUUUCUCAUCUUUCAUUUUCGGUUAGAAUUGUUCUUAUUGUGUCCUUAAAGGGACAGUUCACCCAAAAAUUUUAAAUUUUGCCCACUUUUUCAUUUACUCAACCUUAAGUUGUCCCAAACCUAGCUGUAUGGAUUUCUGUCUUCUACUGAACACAAAAGAACAUAUUUUGAAGAAUGUUGGUAACCAAACAUUGACUUCCAUAGUAUUUUUUUUUUUCAGUGGGGUCCGUCAACUGUUUGGUUACCCAUAUUCUUCAAAACUUCUUUUGUGUUCAGCAGAAGAACAGUUUGAGGGUGAGUAAAUUAUGAGAGAAUUGUCAUUUUUGGGUGAACUAUCCCUUUAACAUCUAUUUUACUGAAACUGACACUUCAGGGAGUCACGCCAUUUUGCCGAGAUCACAGUUCAGUUUAACCACCAAGUAAAAUUGAAAACACUGUAAAAUUCACCAUGCUUCUAAUUCUCAAAAUCUAAAACUGUAAAUAACUCUAAAUGACCUGUUUUUCUAUGUUCUUUUUUCUAAGACUUGCUUUACUUCAGUAGUUCAGUCAGUAAUGAAGUAUUAUUCUCUAUGUAUACAAAGUUGAGCUCCUGUGCUGGAAAGCUCAAACAUAUGUAUUUUUCAUACGAAAAUCUCUUGUUGCUAAUAUGAAAACUGACGUAAGUCUUAAAGCUGACUGGUAGUUUCUGCCCAGAGAUUGAACAAAACAUUACAAUAAAGUUCUAAGCUGUAUCUCA